UUUAACACAUGUAUUUGGUUGAUUUUUUUUUGUCUUGAAAGCCAAAAAAUAAUGGAUAUUGAUGUUGUUUACAAUAAUUGAUUUAGUCUUUCUGUUUUAAUUUUUUCUUAUUAAAUAUUAGUUUAAAAUUUAUAAUUUAUAAUUUAUUACCCCUUAUCUUUUCCAGUUUUGCCUGUCUUUUUCUCUUCAUCUAUUCUUCUGUUUUGGUAUGUCUUCAAUCUGUAACAGAAGUAAAACUGAUUUUAGUCCAAACUCACCGGAUCGAGAUGGAUUUCUUCUUGGCAUAUUUCUGGUUAAAGCUGGCUCUAUUGGAGGUGACAGUUUAUUAUUUCGUUAUCCUUACACAAUCGAUGAUGAUACCGUUGCUCCAUCAAAGCAAGAAAAAAAGAGUAAAAACCCAUUUGCUUUGGUUGUUGAGAAUGUAAACAAUGGACAUUCAUCAGGCCCUGUUGAAGAUAACUGCCGAACAGUUUUCACACAUUACACUCUAGGUCCUUCGUCCAGACCCAACAAACCUUCAGCAACAUACUGUUUUGAAUUGGAUCCUGUAGCAAGCUCUACUGCUGCUGCAGCAUCAGCCGAUAUUUAUUUAGAAACUGUAGUUAAACUGCCUGAUCGGGUUGUAUCCACCCUGUUCGCUGUCAAAAAUGAGUUAUGUGGUGCAAAAAUAGAGAUCAAGAUAAAUGAUGUACGUUUUGUUGGUCAUCCACUGUUAAUUGCUCAAGAUCAACCUCAAUCACCAACAUCACAACCUACCUCGAAAAGCAAAGAUAUUGUAGCCUUCAACGUUGUUUUUGCUCUUAGAGCUAAUGCUAGUCAUGAAGUCGUCAAUAGUUUUCACAAAUGUAGCCAACUGAUAGCGGCAGCACUUAAAAAAGAAGAAGAUGACAAAGCUUACCUCAGUAAAGAGGCUAAAUCCAUGUUGACUGUUCAUGACGAAGCUUCAUCACCGUCUGACGAGCCAAGAACCUCACCUUAUUCCCUGAUCCUGCAAAGAAGUCAACUUGCUGCGGAUUUGAAAAAAAUAUUUGAAGAUCUUAAAUUUUAUGGCACAGUGCAAUUGAAGCUGAAUAAAUCCUCCGAUCUGAACUUGUGUAUACCUCAAACAGUUCACCGAUUAACUUUGAAAUAUCAUCGUUCAGUUCCUUUAAUUGGACCAAGAGAAUUAAAUAAUUGUUUUGGCUCUCUUCGUGCAUAUCACGCUUUAUUAUUAUUGAGGGAUCCUCAGACAAUUUUCGACUCAAUCUCUGAAAAUCGGCCAAUAUUCAAAAGGAUACUUCACGCCGCAGCACCUACUAAAAACCUUGGUCAACUCGCUCGAGAUGCUCAACUUUCAUUCGAGAAUGUUUGCAAAGCUACCUGCCAACUUGUUUAUUGGGCUAAAGCAACAUUGAUCUAUCCAUUAACUGAAAGCAAUGUUUAUGUUAUCCAUCCUUUAGCACCAACUCAAGUUGAUUGUCCUUUGGUCGAAAAGUUUCGUGCAACUUUCAACAAUUCAAAUUUGCUCAGAUUUCUUAGUGAGUUUAGUCUUGGUACAAGCAUCGACCAACUUAGAAAUCCUCUCCAUAACUCAGAGCAACAGAUACAACUGUUUAAUCAAAUUGUUUGGCUUCUGAAGCAUCGUUUAAUUUCACAAUUGCAUACUUAUGUUUAUUUACUGCCAGUUAAUUCCAGUCCCUGUUUGACAAAGAAAUCCAUUCCUGACAGGACUAAUGACACCGCUAAAGGCGACGAACAUCAACAAACCUUCAAUGAGCGACGCUUUUCCAAUUUUAACUCUGGCGAUUCUCUGAGUAUUCUAUCCAAUGAUGAUGAUGUUGAUUCUGAAAACGAUUAUCUUGUGAAUGAUGCAUCAUCUCUCUCAAUCAAUUACGAAAGGGCCAUACAUCUGCUUAGGGAGCUUGGCUUAAGAGACUAUGAAUGUGAAAGCAUAUGUCAAGUUCCGGCUUCAAAAAAUUAUGAAGAUUUAACUUUAUUCGCCAAAUUGUGCCAUUAUUUUGAUGGAAAACAUCAUCUUGAAUAUAUUAUGCACCAUGAGAAUGUGAAACGUUCACAGCUUUUGGCUAUUAUAGAUAAAUUUCGUGAUGUCCUCUUCACAUGUCAACACGAAGAUAAAACUAUUUUUCAAUUAUGUCCAUACCUAUACGAAUAAAUCACUACAUUAACUUUCUACUAAAA